AUGGAGGAGACGUUUUUGAGAGAGCUCUUUUUUCGGAAAAAAUGGGUCUUGAUUAUCUUUAGCUUUGCUUUGACAAUAUUGAUGAUGACCAAACCUGGUCUGAAUUUGAUUUCCAAAACCCGUUCUGCUCUCUCUCCUGAAUUGAUGAUGCAGCUUCCUGCUGGAAGUAUUGACGAGUUCGAUAGGCAAUUUUUCGGACAAAUAAAUGUUAAACCAUCUAAACAACACAAGCCAAAAACAAUAACGGAGAAAGAUAUAUCAAACAUUACAGUCAUGAAUUUGAAGGGCCAGGUCUUCAAAGGCAUAAAAGUUGAUGAUUGGUCCAUGGUAACAUAUGAUGAAGCAAAACAGUUCUGCGAAGAAAGAGGAGCAGUUUUGCCCUGGUUCGAACUUGCGAAAUCAAACCUUCUUCCAACAAGACAGUUUUGGAUUGAAUCGGAAUGCAAUUAUUUUGAUGAGACGAUCCAAGCUUCCAACGAAAUAAGCAAAGCGUCUCUUGAUAAUCUUAUGAAGAAAUUUGUUCAAGAGUACCAAACGCUGAUUUUAAUCGAGAAAAAUUCGGAAGCGGGGUUGUCUGCAUGCCUCUGGCCAAAUCAACAAUCUUUGAUUGACAAUUUCCAGAAGCAGUAUCUUUGCAAAAACACAACUGACGAGUUAGGACGAGCAGUUCUUUACCAAAGUCAAGAAAUCCUGUGCGAUUUGCAGAAGAUGAACAUCACUCAUAUCCAAGACUAUCAUAUCCUCGAUCGUAACUUCAAAGGCGAAACUUGGGUAUCCAAAGUCAUCGGUCCCGGAGCCUAUGCGAGGCUUGUAUCUGGUUGGAAACUCUCUGACGACUUGACUGACUCGGGACUCAAAUUGUGCAGCUAUGCGGCACAGUGUCGUUUAGUUCAACGAGAGAGACUGGAGAUCUUUCGACAGAGGAAUGCGUGCACUCUUUGUAUUUACAAAAACUGA